UAACCCAUCCGUCUGUAGGGGAGGAUAGAACAAAAACACGCUCGACUCUCUGGCUCUGGCUCUGCUCUGUUGUGUACUUAAAUACUUACCUAUCUAUAAAACCUAACCUACCUACCUACCUUUUGUAGACUUUUUCUUUAGUCUUUUCCAUUUCCACAUCAUAUUCAUAUACUGCCCGUCAUCGUCGUCUCCGUGCGUCGUCGUCCGUAGACAGUGACUGCGAUAGCGACAGCGAAGCAAAGCGAAGCGACACUCUCGAGCGCUCGACAUCAGCUACAACGACAACGACGACAGCUCUGAGCUCUGUUGUACCUACCUUCAUAUAUAUUUUUUUAAAAGUGUGUUUCGUUCGAAUUGUUUUUCCAUUUCGUUCGAUUUUCGGUUUCGGAUCGGAUCGGAAUAUACGACGGCGGACGGACGGAUUAUAUAUUAUUUGGUUUUGGUUUUAGGUAGUGUUGUUUUUGUAUCUUGUAUCUUUAAGUUUAAACCAUUUUCCCGUUGUCGAUUGAACUCAGUUUCAUAGCGCCUACCGUUGGUUUAACAUCGUCGUGUGUACGAGAUAAAAUAGAUACAACAAAAGAAUAAAAAUUCCAAUUUUCAAAAAAAAAAAAUAAGAAAUCAAAUUGUAUCUCAAAGAUACUUACAUUUAAGUUUUUCUCACUCGAACUUUAACACCAUCGCGCAGAAGAAACGUUUUCUUUUUGGAGAUUAUAUCAAUCGGUGUCGUUUUAUUUUCUAUCCUAUUUGAAUUUGAAUUUAAAAAAAGGAUAUAAAUCGUUAUAAGAUUUUUUUAAAUUUAUUAAUUAAUUAUUUUUGUCUCUUUAUUUAAAAAAUCAUUUACGUAAAUUUUUGUUUCUUUCAAAUAAUUGAAUAUAUUUUUUGUUAAAAAAAACGUGAUUUUGGGACAAACAAAAAUUCAAAAAACAAAAUUUUGUUUUAUUUGUUUUAAGUGUUAAUAAAUUAUUUUAUUAAAAAAAAGAAAAAUUAAAAAGAAAAAGAUUAAAACAAGUGAAAGUGGAAUAAAUAAUUUGCUAAAAUAAAAGUUCCUGUUUUAUUGCAAUAUAAUUAUAUAUUUAUAUAAGUUUUUUAAUUAAUAUAAAAAAUUAAAAAAAGUGUGUUUUAAUAUACAAAACAAUAAUUUAUUUAUUUAAAAUAAAAAUAUAUUUUUAAUUGGCUGAUUAAAAAUAGAAAGAAAGAAAGAAAAAGAAAUCAAAAACACUUCAAAUGGUACAUCGACCAGCAAUUGGAAUAUAAAUAUACCAAACCCUAAAUGAGGGUACAAUGAGGUCAAAAAUAUACGAUGUUACCACAGUUUAUGUCCAAUGCCAAGAUUAUUUUUCUACUGAUGGUGAUGUUUGCCAGUGCACUAUGUUCAACAGAAGACGUUGUGAUAAUGUUAAAAAGCGCCAAUCACAACAAAGCCCUCCACAUAACACGUGGAGGCAAAGUUACAGCAGCCGAUAUAUCAAUAGCACAAACCAUAACAAUUGGCAGCCCUGGAGAUUUCGUAAAUACAGGAGUUUUCAAAUUAACACUUUAUUCAAAAGAAGCCGAGAGAUAUCUUUGUUUCAACAAACAUUGGAAACUUGUCGGAAUGAAAAAACUAAAAGAAAGCUGUCACUUCUUCGAAUCAAUAGAUCGCGGCUAUUUCGAAUUCCAUUCAGUACUAAAUCGAUCACGACGUGUCGGUUUCAAUCGACGCUUUAGACCAGUUAUGUUAGAUACAGAACAAAAUCUAGCUGAUGCCUAUUUUCAUUUCCAAAAGAUACCAGCUGAGAAUUUUGAUUUUAAUGCCUUCACAGAGGCUGAAAGGAAAACAGCAGCGUUAACAACAAUAACACAAACUCAUCAAAAACGCCGCAACAACAACAACAAUAAUCGACGAAUAAAAAAAACUAAUAGUAAUAAUGGCCAUAACAGUACUUUAAGCAACAACGACGUUACUAGUAUUAACAACAGCAGAAGCAGUAACAGUAACAGUAACAGCGGCAGUAGCAGUAGUAGUAAUUUAAGUCAAAACAAAAACAAACACAACAGAAAACAUAACAACAGUGGAUCACUGCAACCGAAGAUUUUGGUACGUCACAAGCAUAACAAUAGCAGUAUUGUGGAACGCCGACUUCGACAUGAGCGUGAACAGAAAAUACGACAGUUGCGCAAACAAGUGCAGCCUGAAAAUACGACGUCAUCAGCGACGAAUCUAUCGGCGGCGAAAUCAUCGUCGACAAUUCUUGCGCCAGUGUUGAAUAUAUUUGCAACACUAGCAGCAAGCAGACGAACUAGAGGUCGUCGGAAAACUGACGAUAUCCGCGACGACGAAGACGAAGAAGACAACGAAAACAGCAACGACAAAGUUGUCAAACAGAAGAAAGUCAUCGAUUCCCCAUCGAUAACUGAACCAUCUCCAAUGUAUCUUUUGUCAAAAAAUCCCGAACAUCGUCAUCGCCAUCAUCAUCUCCAACAGCAUCAGCAUCAUCCGCAUCAUCAAAUUUCAAACCCAAAUGCAAACGAAAAGCAGCUAAAUAUCAAUUACAAUAAAAAUAACGAUGCCGAUUUUACUAGUAGUUUAUCAGAUAAAUUUGGCGAACAAAAAUUAAUCAAACCAACUGCCACAAGUGGCCUCAAACAACAAUUUUCAAACGAAUACUCAAAUAAAAAUAGUAAUACUAAUUCUAAUAUUAAUAUUAAAAAAAAUAAAAAUAACAAUAAUUAUCUUGCAAUACCUGCCUUGCCAAAAAACUUGUAUAAUAAUAAACAAAAAAAUAUUAAUAAUAGAAUGACUGAAUAUGUUUAUAGUGGUAGUACUAAUAUUAAUAAUAAUAAUUUAAAUUUUAACAAUGAAAAUAAUAAUAAUAAUAAUAAUGAUAAAACUAGCAGUAGUAGUAGUAAAACUAGUUAUAUUGAUAGCCAUAGUAAAGAAAUGAAUAUUAAUAACAACUUAAAUAUUGACAAUAAUUUUAAGGACUAUUUAAAUACUACUAAGGAUAAGAAUAAUGCCAAUCGAAAAAAUUUGUUUGAAGCGAUAAAAAACAUCAACAUAAACAACAACAACAAUAAAACUAAAAAUAUAGUACAAUACAGAUAUGCGGAAAUUCGGCCAAAAUGCAGCAAUAACAAUAAAAAAAAUUGUCUGCAACAAGCCUGUCCCCAACUUGAGUCGAUGAACAAAAAUGACGAUGAAGAUAACAAGUUCUUCAGCAUCUGGAAAAUGAAGCGAACUGCUAUUUAA